AUUAAAUUAAUUUGUUCAACAAAAAAAAAAAGUCCAAAAAAAAAAAAAAAAGUCCAAAAAUAAAAAACCAAAAACAAUAAAAAUGUCCAAAAAAGUUAAUUUAAAAAUUGAAACACCUUCAAGUGAAAAAAUUUCUUAUUCUUUAACUACAAGUGGUACUUUUAAAGAAGGUGAUUUAGCAAUAAAUAAAAAGGGAUUAUUGAUCAAGGGUGAAAGUCCAAAGAAUAGUCCUAUAAAUGAAAAAAAUAAAAAACUUCACUCAAACCUAAAUCCAUUAUCACGUAAUGCAGCUGAAAAUAAUGAUAUGCAAAUAAAUGAUCAAACUAAUUUUUCAUCAACUUUUGAUUGUAAUUCAAUACCAACAACUCCAACAUCAUCAAUAGGGACCACUACAACCAAUAAUAUAAAUAUUAAUAAUAUAAAUUUUAAUGCCAUCAACAGUAAUCUUAAUAACAUGAAUAAUUAUUAUAAUAAUAAUAGCAAUAAUAACUUUUAUAAUAAUAAUCGUUUUAAUAAUAAUAAUAAUAAUAAUAAUAACAAUAAUAAUAAUAAUAAUAAUAAUAAUAAUAAUAAUAAUAAUAAUAAUAAUAAUAAUAAUAAUAAUAAUAAUAUGAUUAUGAAUAAUAAUAGUAACAGCAAUAGCAAUAGCAAUAAUGAUAACUACAAUUAUAAUUCUCCAGCAUUACCACAGUAUGAUCAAAAUUUAACAUUAGAUUUAAAAGAUUUACAAAUUUUAAAGGUUAUUGGAAGAGGAGCUGGAGGUAUUGUAAAAUUAGCAUAUCAUCAAACAUCUGACACAUAUUUCGCAUUAAAGGUUAUUACAUUGGAUAUCCAAGAAAACAUUAGAAAACAAAUUAUUCUAGAAUUAAAGACUCUUCAUAAAACCUAUUGCCCAUAUAUCGUAUCGUUUUAUGAUGCUUUCUAUACUGAAGGAUCUGUAUUUAUUGCUUUAGAAUUUAUGGAGUUGGGUUCUCUUACUGAUAUCUUGAAGAGAUCUAAAACUAUACCAGAGCCAGUUUUAGGUAGAAUAGCAUAUCAAGUACUUCAAGGUCUGGUUUAUCUUCAUAGAAAAUUACAUUUAAUCCAUAGAGAUAUUAAACCAUCAAAUAUUUUAGUAAACAGUAAAGGUGACUCUAAAAUUUCUGAUUUUGGUGUAAGUGGUCAACUUCAACACACAUUAUCAAAAGCUGUAACUUGGGUUGGUACCGUAACUUAUAUGUCACCUGAAAGAAUUAGUGGUAGAUCAUAUUCUUUUGAUUCUGAUAUUUGGAGUUUAGGUUUAACAAUUUUAGAGUGUGCAAUUGGCAAAUUCCCAUAUGGCAAUCCACAACAAUUAAUUAUUACUCAACAACAAAUAAAUAGUAAUGGUAGUAGUGGUAAUAGUAAUAGUAGUAAUAGUAAUAGUAAUAGUAAUAAUAGUUUGAAUAAUAGUACUGAUUUUAAUAAUAGUGUAAAUAAUAGUAAUGGUUUUAGUAGUCUUAGUAGUAAUGGUGGUAUUGGUUUUUGGGUACUUUUGGAUUGUAUUGUUAAAGAAAGUGUACCAACAGUUCCAGAUUAUUUUUCAAAAGAAUUUAAAUCUUUUGUUUCUGAUUGUUUACAAAAAGAGCCAGAAGAAAGACCUUCCGCCUCAAAAUUAUUGUUUCAAACUAUUUCCAUCUCCUUUACCAUUUUUGUAUGUUUUUCAAAAUCGGUUGAUAGCCUGAAAAUUUUUGAGACGAAUAGCCAUUAA